CUGUCAACAGUUCUUGACUGGGGACCUGUGCUCGCUCCAUGGUGGGUCAUGUGUGCGGGAGUCCGCUUGUCCUACUGGGCUCUUCCACCCGAAGAAGGGCCUGUGUCGAUCGCAGCAGAAGCUGGGCGUUGAAUGCUGCCUUGAUCCUCCGGACAUCCCAGGAGGAUGCGGGUCUGCAGGAGGUGAGUGUAAUCCCAUCGAGGUGUGCGGCAACGGCCCGAGGGACCCGAACGGAAAGUGCCGUAAGGGGGAAGUAUGCUGCAUCUUUGUCGUUUAGCUGUGAAGAAGAGCGAAGAAAACUAGAGAACUCUCGGAUCAUUUUGAAGAAAAAUGUAUAUCUUCUACCUGCGGCCAAUGGGACGUCAUCUUCUACCUGCGGCCAAUGGGACGUCAUCUUCUACCUGCGGCCAGGGGGGGGGGGCGUGAUCUACCUGUGGCCAGGGGGACGUGAUCUUCUACCUGUGGCCUGGGGGUCUAUAUCUUCUAGCUGCGCCCAGGGAGACUUCAUCUUCAAUAUGCAUCCUGGGGAGUUCUCAUCUCCUAUGCGGGUCCUGAUACGCUUCAACUUUUAGCUGUGUCCUGGGAGACUUCAUCUUAUAGCUGUGUCCUGGGGGAAGGACUAUUAGGAAUUUUAUCCUUAAUUUAGCUUGGCUCCCAUUUAAUAAUAAACAUUAGCAAGAUUAGUUGACAUUAUCAAAAUAAGGUUGUCAAGAAAUAUGUUAUUAAAGAUUACAUCUAGGUGACACUCUUGAUACAUAAUAAAAAUAUUAAUACAAAUA